AUACGCCUCGCCCCAAAACCAAAGCUUCCCUCCAUUGCGAACGAAACCCUAAGAAACCUCUCCCCCUUUGCGGUUACCAAUCAAUCCCCUCUUACAAUGGAGCCCGGCACCAGUAGCCGAUCAGCCGCCGCGGUCGACGGCCCCAACGACGGCCGCCGCUUCCCCGACCCUCCGCCGCCGCACGGCGGAGAUGCUAACCAGACACAGGUAGACAUGGCUGCACUGGCCUUCAGGAGGGAGACGCUGGUGCUGGAGCUCCACAAGGAGCGUAUCCGCCAGGAUAUGAUCUUGUGUGAGCUUGCCAAGACGGAACACGCCAUGACCACGUGCUUAGCCACUGGCCACCAGUCUACGCCAAUGCCCCCAUGGCCUCCAAAAGACAUGCCCACGAUGCCUGCGGCAGGGUGGGAUGCUUGGCGUGGCAGGCCGUUGAUGCCUACAUGGGAAGAGGCACUUUACCGCACGCCGCCAUCAAGUGAGCAGAAUUCUUGGUGGUGCAGGAGACCGUCAGGGCCGGUGAUGCCUCCUGUUUACCCGCACGUUGAGAGGUCCCCGGUGCUACAGCCAUGGCCACGUCCAGUCGAUGAUGCUGAGCAGCAAAAACACAAUAUCUCGUCUGGACCACUGGCACUAGCUCCUUCAGUGUGUCCUGAUGUCGAACGGUGCUUGUCAUUGACCAAGGAGCCUAAGGUGGAAGAAGCCUUGGUAACAGCCACAACCAAUGCCGUUGCUAAAUCGACUGAGCCAGCUUUGUUCAGCAAGGAGGUGACACCAGGGAGCAGAACCACUGUUGGUGAGGAACACAAAGCAGGAUUGAAGGACAGCCAUGCCAUGCUGCUCAUGGAGAGUGACAUACGGAGAAGUGAACAGACGAAGCAUGGGGCCGUUGGUCAGGAGAGCGAACUAGAAACGAAGGAUAGCAAUGCCAUGCAGCUAACUCAGAAUGAAAUCCAUAAAAGAGAAAAUCCAAAGCCUGCAACGGUUGGUCAGGAAUGCGAAGCUAUGGACAGCCAUGCCAUGCAACUGAUGGAGAGUGAAAUCCAGAGAAGUAAACAGCCACAGCAUGCAGCCGUUGGUCAGGAACGCGAAGCAGAAGCAACGUGCAGCCAUGCCGUGCAGCAGAUGGAGGGUGAAAUAAGUGGACAGCCAAAGCCUGAAGCCUUUGGUCAGGAACACAAAGCAGAAGAGAAGGACACUUAUGCCAUGCAACUCAUGGAGGAAAGAGGAAUCCAAAACAGUGAACAUCCAAAGCCUGCAGAACCCACCAUGAAAGAUCGUAUCGAUGAACGAAUCCUAUUGCCUCGUCAGUAUGCACUGGCUGGUAAGGAGAAGUCCCCAACUAAUGAGCAGAAGAGACUAGUGUUCAACGAGCAUAAACCUGAAAACUGUGGGGUGAAAAGGAGAUCACUCAGUCCGAUACCUUCACAACUAAAGAGGUUGAGGCCACUCAGCAGAGCGAACAUGACUGACGAAGACUGGGCGCAACACCGGUCAAACUUCACAUGGUUCCGAUCAGAUCAAAAAGCCGCAGAGCUGGUCGGAGAAUUAACACCUGAAUCUUCUCGUGAUGCAUACCGAAAUGGCAGCAAUGUCAUAGAGAAAAGUGAAUCGCAGAAGGCCAAGUUUCCCAGUGACUUUGACUUGCGGAAACAUCUGACAGAUAGGAGGCACCAGGCGAACAUAGAAGAUGGCAGCAACGAGGGGGGCAAGCGUGCCACUGACAGCACGUAUGAAGACCUGAGCAAGAGAAGAUUGUAUUUCUGUGAUAUCUGCAAAGUAAAGUGCACUAGUGAGAAGAAUCUGGACUCGCAUCUCGGCGGGAAGAGACACAGGGCGAAUCUUCAAGGACAACAACAACAGUCAACAGAAUCCUCUCCAGCCGCCGAGUCAUUGAGAUCGAGGCGAAAUCCCCACAUCAGCUUGCUUGCCUUUGCCCUUUGCUGCUUUGCACGCUCCUCUUCCUCGUGCGUCCCCUCUGCUCGCGUCACCGAAGCAACCACCAACCCGGAUUCCUCUUGCUGGCACCGCUGCUCUGCUACUACCCCCGGGACCCAACCCAUGGAGUUCUCCCGCCGCGGCCCAGCCACCGACGAUGCCGCCGACGGCCACCGCUUCCUCAACCCUCCGCCGCACGGAGAUGCAAUGCUGGUGGUGAGGGAAGCACUGCUUUUGCAGCUCCAGAUGGACCGCCUUCGCCAGGAGAUCAUCGUCGCUGAGUUGGCCAAGAUAGAGUCCGCCAUGGCCCUGCGUGCCGUAUCCAGUCAUAAUACUACACCGAUGCUCCGGCAAAGCAUGCUGCAGCACAAAGGACCUGUCUUCGGCUGGGAACACUACAGCGAUGUGGGUGAGGAAGAUGAUGUGAAGCUGCCGAACAACGAUGGAAGACAGUGUGCAGAAUCCAGAUCCUGGAAGCCCGCCAUGGAUAAAUGUUGGAAUCAAUGCAAAUGCAGGGGUAAGGUGGGUCAACAGCAUACAGUAUUUGAUGAGCCAAAACUGCAAGACUCCAAUGAGACUGUUCCUACAACUAAAACGUCGCCUGCAUUGAAGUGGGAACUGACAGGAAUAACCAUACCAGUUAAGAAGCAGAAGCCACCCAUGAAAUGGAAUUGUGCCAUCUGCGAGGUGCAAGAAACCAGCGAGAAGAGCCUACAGAAGCAUUGUGCUGGGAAGAAGCACCAGUCAAAUAUAGCAAAACUGGAAUCAAGAAUUAAGGCCAUCGGUGGUCAGAAGGCAAAAACCGCGGCAGAACCUUCUCCUUGUACAAGUCAGGUAAAAACAUCCUUGGUAACAUGGAGUUGCAGCACCUGCCAGGCCAACGGGACAUGCCUAACAGAUUUGGAGGAGCACUUCGAAGGCUCUGGACACCUGCAGAACAUUGCAGCCUCGUGCCAAGGAGGCAGCAACAAUGGUAUGGCAAACAAUGUUGCGCAGCCACAGGAAGCAAAAUUGCACGAGAGCUAUGUGCCACAGCAUGCACAGAAGCCACCUUCAGUAUCGGGUUGCAGCAUUUGCCAGGUUAUCUAUAACCAUGAAUCAGAUUUGGAGACCCACCUUAAUGGUAAAAAACACUUGAAGAAGAUUCAAGCCCUGCUCGAAGAAAGCAAGAGAAUGGCAAUGAAUUCUGAUCCUUGUAAAAAUCAGAGAAAAACAUCCUCGAUAAUAUGGAGUUGCAGGGCCUGUCAGACCAACGGUACAUGCCUAAUGGAUUUUGAGGAGCACUUCAGAUGCACAGGACACCAGCAGAACAGUACAGCCUCAUGCAAAGAAGGCAGCAACAACGGUGUGGUGAAGAAUAUUGUGCCACCGCAGGAAGCAAAAUUGCAUGACAGCAAUGUGCCACAGCAUGCACAGAAGCCACCUUCAUUAUCAGGUUGCAGCAUUUGCCAGGUUAUCUAUAACCACGAAUCAGAUUUGGAGAUCCACCUGAAUGGUAAAAGGCACUUGAAGAAGAUUCGAUCCCUACUCGAAGAAAGCAAGGACAUGGCAAUGACUUCUGAGUCACAUGAAGCAAAAUUGAACUCGGACAGUCUGCCGCAACAUGAUGAGAAAAUCAAUUGUGAAUUAGACUUGGAGAGUUGCCUCGUCAAUGAAAGACACCAACUUAAUGUUCAGGCCCUUUGCGAAAAAAUGAACCAACAGAAAAACAACCCGCCAGAAAUUUCCAAGGACCAAAAACCAUCCUCGGAAUGGGAUUGUGCGAUGUGCCAGGCUAAAUGUAACUCCAAAGCUCAAUUUGAGCAUCAUUGUACAAGCAAAAAGCAUCAGCGGAAGAUUAAGCUGAUUCUCAGCGAAGGUGAUAUCACAAAAACAGGCAGUCUGGAAACUGCAAAAGAACUACCUUCGGAUGGCUUGAACAGCAAGAAUGAAGUACCUUUGGAUGGCUCGAAUAGCAAGCAUGAACUACCUUCAGAGAAGGUGGUGCAGAAGGAAUCGAACUUCUGUGAGGUCUGCAAUUUUCAAUACAAUAGCGAUAAAAUGUUGGAACAUCACCGUCUGGGAGGAAGCAACGUCGAAAGCUCAAGGCAAACAAAUGAAAUGUGUUUGUGUAUGCAAUCGUAUAGUUGAUAGGGCAAGUUUCAACGCAUGAUGUUUGUACAUUCUAAUCUUUUGACGGCAAUGCAAGAAUCUAAUCUUUCGUUUCAUGACUAA